CCUUUCCCCUUUCAAUGCCAUCUAAAGUUGUCGACCCUGCAUCACCAACCCUUCCCUUCCUCACCAUUUCCAAAGCAUGCCCUUCUGGAGGGCGUGCGUGUGCCAACCCUGCCCCUUCACUAUGGCACUCCUCACUUCCUUAACUUCAUUCACAUUCACAUCUCUUUUAUUCAUCCUCUCUUCAUCAUACGCUUCAGACACAGAUUCCAUCCUCAAAUUCAAGGACUCCCUCGAAGACAACAAUGCAUUAUCCUCAUGGAAUGCAUCCACCCCUCCUUGUUCAGAUAGUUCUGCCAAUUGGCCUUACAUUCAGUGCUAUAAGGGAAACAUAUGGGGGUUGAAGCUCGAGAACAUGAGGCUCAAGGGGGAUAUUGACGUCCACUCCCUCGAGGAGUUACCCUUUCUCAGAACAUUAAGCCUCAUGAACAAUGACUUUGAAAUCACGUGGCCUGAUCUCAACAAGCUAGUGGGUUUGAAGACCCUUUACCUCUCAAAUAACAAGUUCUCCGGGGAGGUUCCUUCUCAGGCUUUUCAGGAUAUGAAAUGGUUGAAGAAAAUUCAUUUGUCCAACAACCAGUUUAUAGGUUCUAUUCCAAUUUCCCUCUCAUCCAUACCUAGGCUCAUGGAGUUGAGGUUGGAUGGAAACCAAUUCACCGGCACCAUUCCUGAUUUUCAUCAUCAAUUGAAAUCAUUUAGCGUAGCUAAUAAUCAAUUAGAGGGAGAAAUACCAGCCAUCCUAAGUAACAUGCCCGUUUCAUCUUUCUCUGGUAAUGAAGGGCUAUGUGGGGCACCGUUAGAUAAAUGCCCCACCAAAAAGAAAUCAAUUACGAGUAUUGUUGUGGCUGUGGUUCUUGUUAUUUUGGCACUGAUUGUGAUUGGAGCAGUAAUAUUGCUUGUCCUCCGAAGAAGAAAACAAAUGCCAGAAGUGCCUUCAGAGAAUCCACCAACAUCCGAAAAGAAAUCAGGAAGUAGGGAACUGUCGGAUGAAGGAAGUCACAGGUCGUGUGUCUCUAGCCGCAGCAGCAGAAAAGUAGACAGCAUGAGGUUAUCGUUUGUGAGGGAUGACAGAGAGCAGUUUGAUUUGCAAGAACUGCUUCGAGCCUCUGCUGAGAUAUUGGGCAGUGGUGUUUACAGCUCUUCCUACAAGGCUGCUCUCUUAAAUGGGCCAGUCAUGGUGGUCAAGAGAUUCAAGCAAAUGAACAAUGUAGGGAGGCAAGAGUUUCAGGAGCACAUGCGACGGAUAGGAAGGUUGAAUCACCCUAAUCUGCUUCCUCUCGUCGCCUUCUACUACAGAAAGGAGGAGAAACUCUUGGUUACCGACUACGUUUACAAUGGCAGCUUGGCUGUUCGCCUUCACGGAUACCAAGCUCUAGGGCAACCAAGCCUUGAUUGGGGAAGCCGGUUGAAGAUAGUGAAAGGCGUAGCAAAAGGGCUUGAUUAUCUGUACAAGGAGAUGCCAAGACUAAUUGCACCCCAUGGACAUCUCAAGUCCUCCAACGUUCUUCUGAGUGAAUCUUUGGAUCCCAUCCUCACAGACUACGGGUUGGUACCAGUCAUAAACCAGGAUCUUGCUCCUGACAUCAUGGUGAUCUACAAAUCCCCUGAGUAUUUGCAGCAUGGCCGUGUUACAAAGAAGACUGAUGUGUGGGGUUUUGGAAUACUCAUUUUGGAGAUUCUCACUGGCAACUUCCCUGCUAACUUGCAACAAGGGAGGGGAAGUGAGUUGAGUUUGGCAAAUUGGGUGAAUUCGGUUGUCCCUGAAGAGUGGAGUAGUGAGGUGUUUGAUAGGGACAUGGAAGCAACCAAAAGCAGUGAAGGGCAGAAGGUGAAGCUUUUGAAGAUUGCAUUGGCUUGUUGUGAGACUGAUGUGGACAAGAGAUGUGACAUUAAAGAAGCUGUAGAAAGAACUCUAGAGGUAAAGGAAAUAGAUAACGAGGAGGAAGAUUCAUAUUCUUCUAAUGCUAGUGAAGCUGACAACAAGUCUUCAAAGGCUUCGUCAGGUGAAGUCAGUUUCUCCAUAGAUGGUUGAAUGAGACAUCAUGGUUGCUGCUUGGAUUUCGUUACUCUCUCCCCUCAAACAAAUGCUAUACGGCACGAAAGAAGGGAAUGGAAUACAUGCAUGGCUCGUCCUCCAUGCACGUUCCAUUAUGGGGCUUCUAUGUUUUCACCUCAAAUUUUCCCACUACUGCAAGGUGCUGCUAAUGGAAAUUUGAGGGCAACAACAACCUAAUGCCAAUUAUGCAUGUGAUGAGAUGGAUUUUGAGGUUGAAUCAACUCCUUUUUUAGCUGAUUAAAAUGUAUCUUGGCAUUUGCAUUGCCAUCCAUAUCUCUAUCUAGCUUAGUACUUGAUAGCUAUCCUAAUUUUCAGUGUAAUUCCAACUUAACAAGGUCAUCGGUUUUGAAGCUUCUAAUUUGAAGGUACGUAGGUUCAAUAUUAUCUUUUAAUUUUUCUUUUAAAAGAACAUGUACAUUUAGGAAGGAAAAUAGAAUAGAUUUGUUAAAUUUUAGUCAGCCUUUUGUUGCAUAGGCUAGGGAGUGCAUUAGUUGCCAUUAUCAUAUAUAUGUA